GAUGGAUUACUAUAAUACAAGUUUAGUGUUCUCCCCCGUAGCGAAGAUGGCCGUCGGCGUGGUGGUGAUGCUGGUGGUGACUCUGGUCGUCGUCAUCACCACCAUAUUCCUCCUGCUGGAAAAGAAGCCGGGCCUUCGAUUAGAGCCUGACUUAGGCGAGGAUGAGCUGGUAUGGUUUCGUUCUGCAGACGAUUUGGGGAGGGUGACCGCUGCCCUCACGACCUUCCUUAGAGCUUAUGAUGACCAAGUGAACUCGGGAGCCAACAUGAAGGAUUGUGCCCCUUAUGCUCCUCCGCUUGAGGGCGAAACUUGCUUCUUCAAGACCAACCUCCUCGGGAGAACCUGCCAAAGGGAAAACAGCUGGGGCUAUGACAAGGGGAGUCCGUGCGUCCUGAUCACGUUUGACAAGGAGGUAUCUGCUGGCUGGGUACCCGACGUCUACACGGACCUGGACGAGCUGCCUCCGGAGAUGCCCUUGGAGCUGCGUCUUUAUAUCACCAACGUCACCAAGGAUAACCGAGGAUUCAUUCCCGAGAUGGUGUGGGUGUCGUGCACGCCCGAGGACCCCAGCGACCAGGCUCACCUCGGCGCCAUCGAGUACAGCCCCUGGCGAGGGUUCCCCAAGUACUACUUCCCCAUCCGGAAUGAGGCCCCCUACCUGGCCCCCAUCGUCGCGGUCCAGUUCCUCAAGCCAGCGACUCGAAGACCCAUGACUGUGGAAUGCCGCGCUUGGUCGAAGAACAUGGUCUACAGCCGCGCGGAGGGAUACGGGCUGGUGCGCUUCCACCUAACCUUGGACUGAUGCCUGGCAAGAAGGACCGUGAUAUUAUGUGCAAAGGGAAAUGUGCAACCGGCGCUAGUGGACGUUUCUGAUGAUAAUGAUCUUUUUGCAAUAUUUUCGAUUUCUGGGAGGGAGAGAAUCCAAUGGUUGCUGGCCACAUUUUGUUAAGUACUCUAACGUAAGUCAUAUCAUUUCAUAGGUCAUGUAGUGCGAGCAUUAUGUCGACACAGUAGUGUACUUGGUAUUUAAUGGCAGUUAGAGCAUUUCAUCGUCAUUCAAUAUGCUAGGAGCGUUACUUACCUGUAUCAUAGUCACCGUCCAUCUACAUCAUGCUCUCAAAAAGGGAAUCCUCUUUCUAAUGCAUUUAUACGUCAGUCCUAAACACUUUCAUCUCAGGGAUCGGGUAUUUAUUAGGCGGUUUGGAGAUUAGUCUUGUUAUAGGCCAUCUGGCAACAGGAGAACCAGAAUUCUAUAUAAUGUUUGUUAUAUUCUUUCUGCUUGCAAGAUUCCAAAGAACAAUCAUAUGCGACUGUUAUUCAGUGAGAGUGAAAAGUACUUUGAUUGAUAAGUAGAUGAACUACCUGUCUUUCUACUCUGCGAAGUAGCUGUGUUGUCCUGUCUUAUUUCCGGUCUUUCCUGUUAGUAUAACCUCUUGUUAUAUAUAUUCUCAUAGGAUUCCCUCCCCAUCGACGUGACAUCAUCUCAACAUUUAUGUAUAUAUAAAUAGCGUAAACAUUCAUUAUGGUGUGUGUGACGUUCUUCUAAUUAACGUGGAAGGACUGUUGACUGUGAUUGACUUCAAAGUGUGCCUUGGUGUCAGCUUGUUGUAAUAGUGUGAGACUAAGAACUCAGGAACUAAUGAACUGUGUGAGAAAAAAAUGUCCAGCUUUGGUAACUCGUGUAUAUAUGUUAAAUAAGUGAAGUACUGUACACUAAUUUAGGUCAUCAUCGCAUACAACUUUGUUUUAUUGUUUUACUGUAUUUGUCAUAGUUCAUGUAUCAUUAUCAAAAGUGUAUUAUAUAUUACAGGUUGACUUUAGUUUGAUUCAAUAUUUCUUGGUUCAGUUCUGUUAUCACAGCCAGUUUUAUUUACUUUUUACAUGUAUGCUUUCCUUGGUUUAGCUUCAAUGCGUGUACCUCAGUAAGCCAUCAUAUAAAUACACACAC